UGGCUGGCUGCUUCAUUUGAUCCAGCUCGCUGGGCUUCUAAUUUCUGAUGCGAUUUAGCUGGAAACAUUAAGAGCACUACAGAUGAUUGGCUGAGCUGUUUGCCACUCAGCCGGUCCGGAGGGGGCGGGUCUUUGUGCCCCCGCGCGGCGCUCCAGCCACCGGAGCGGAGAGGAACAGCUGGCCUCAGCCCCAGCCUGUCAGUGACCUGUCUCUGCUGGAGGAAGCUAGCUGCGUGCUGUUUUCCCUAACAGUGAUGCUAACUGACCGAGCGCACGGAGUUUUUGGACUUCCUGUUACUACGGUAACGGUGAGUGGCCCUCCGCGUGUUGUCUGAGCACAGUUGGAGCGCGAGCGCUGCUCGAGGUGCUGAAAGCUUCGCGAGGCGCGGGGAGAGGAGGAGAGGAGACAAGGAGAGGAGAAAUGAGGAGACAGCAGCUCUGUGUGACGGGCUUUUUACUCGCCUGGAAACUAGUCCAGUUCCUCAGUGUGGGUCAUUGUAAGGAGGUGGACAAUGCUGCGAAGACACGGCAGGUCCCAAUGUCUCCCUCUGAUUUCCUGGACAAACUGAUGGGGAGGACAUCUGGAUACGAUGCCAGGAUAAGACCCAACUUCAAAGGUCCUCCAGUCAACGUUUCCUGUAACAUCUUCAUCAACAGCUUUGGCUCCAUUGCUGAAACCACCAUGGACUACCGGGUAAAUAUCUUCCUCCGUCAGCAGUGGAAUGACCCCAGGCUCGCCUAUGCAGAAUACCCAGAUGACUCUCUGGAUCUGGACCCCUCUAUGUUAGACUCCAUUUGGAAACCAGACCUAUUCUUUGCCAAUGAGAAGGGGGCCCACUUUCACGAAGUCACUACAGAUAACAAACUGCUCAGGAUAUUUAAGAAUGGGAAUGUUUUGUACUCAAUAAGGCUAACAUUAACUCUGUCAUGCCCCAUGGAUCUAAAAAACUUCCCUAUGGAUGUUCAGACCUGUAUCAUGCAGCUGGAGAGCUUUGGUUACACCAUGAAUGACCUGAUCUUUGAGUGGCAGGAAAAUGGGCCAGUCCAAGUGGCCGAAGGCCUCACGCUCCCACAGUUCAUCCUCAAAGAUGAAUCAGACCUCAGAUACUGCACCAAGCACUACAACACAGGUAAAUUUACUUGUAUUGAGGUGCGCUUCCACCUGGAGCGGCAGAUGGGCUACUACCUGAUCCAGAUGUACAUUCCGUCUCUGCUCAUCGUCAUCCUGUCCUGGGUCUCCUUCUGGAUCAACAUGGAUGCUGCCCCGGCCAGAGUGGCUCUGGGCAUCACCACGGUCCUCACCAUGACAACGCAGAGCUCAGGCUCCAGGACUUCACUGCCAAAGGUCUCUUAUGUGAAGGCCAUAGACAUCUGGAUGGCAGUGUGUCUUCUCUUCGUCUUCUCAGCACUGCUGGAGUACGCCGCUGUCAACUUUGUGUCGAGGCAACAUAAAGAGCUGCUGCGAUUCAGAAGGCAACACAAGACCAAGAGCAAGAGCAGUGGAGCUGCAGUCGAUCCACAGGAGCUUGCUGAUUCUCUUCAUCGUGUUAAUGUUGACAACAGCCUCAAACCAGCAGAGCCUCCUAAUGGAUCUCUGAACAACAUCUGCACCAACAACCACAGCAGGGAAGGGGAAGUACACGAGAGCAGACUGACCUCCACUCCAAGCAAGAGCAAGGACACGAAGGCCAGUGCCAACAAUGCUGUUACUGUACAAAACACCCAGAAUGCACCUGGAGCAGCAGCAGGUGGAGGGGGGAAAAGCAUUGAAGAGAUGAGGAAAUUAUUCAUCGACAGAGCCAAAAAGAUUGACACUGUGUCGAGGGCCGGCUUCCCUCUGGCCUUCCUCUUCUUCAACAUCUUCUACUGGGUUCUUUAUAAGAUCCUUCGAUACGAAGAUGUACUCAAGCAAUAGAGAAAGAGAGAGCAUGUGAGCACACACACACAUCCUUCUACCUCUAUUCAUACGAGGACACUUCAUUAACCACUUUCCCUUUCCUUAACCCUGACCUUUAUGAGCAUUCAGGAUGACCUCACCUUUUCAAAACGCUCCUGAUUCUGAAGGCGUAAAGCUCAUAUUAGUUCUCACAAAUAAUGUAGAAAAGAAUCAAGGAUGAGUAAAUCAAAGAGUACAAACUGCACUGACAGAAUGAUGAGAUUAUUUUUCUAAGAGACUGACUGUAGAGAACCAUGUCUGAAAACAGAGUGGAGGUAAUUACUCCAUGUGACAGUGUCUGAAUUUCAAAAGUCUGGAACAGUAUGCAGAAACCUAUCCAGCAUAUGGAUACAUCCUAUAGUCAAAGAGCCAGUAUAAACUGACAAGUUAAAGACAAUGUCUCACUAAUGAGUGAUGUGGCCCAUCGGAAUCCAAAUCUAUGACUUUAAUAUUAGAAUCAUCAAUCUGCUGAGGAAUGGAAGAACCCAACAGGUGAUAAAAGAUAGUUGUUUUAGUGUGACACUAAAAAUAGAGAUUUAAACCAAACAAAUAUCUGGUCACAUUUACACACUAGAUAAGAGAAUCAUAGCAGCUAUGUGGAACUCUUUCAUUGUAAGUGCUCAUGUGUGAUGAGACAUACAGUAUUUAGUUGAACAGUGAUUCUAGAUGGUCCCUUAGCCUCUAAGUGUGACAGGAUGCUCUGACGAAGCAGCUACACAAUAAUCUAUCAGUCUUAGUGAUCCUGUCAGAGCGCAAAGCCAGUGUGAAAGCCAAUGACCAGGUACUGACAUCUGAGUGGAGGGAAACAGGCAAACUUCUCCUGCUCGCCUCAACCCAGACAAACACUUUCUCUGCAAAAAUCCAAAGGUGAGAAGUUUAAGCUAAAACGCUCAGCACAAGUUCAGAUUUCAUACAAAGUGUCCCUAUCAUUGACUAAAAACACAUAUGUGUUCUUGAGCUUUAGAUAUCUAAAUGGAGCCAUAGUUAAAAUGUUAUCUAUUAUCCGAACAGCACACAUCACAUUCAUAUUUUUCGGAAGCUGCUAAAGGCCAGAGAGACUUUGAGAAGGCUCCAAACAGAAAAGUAAAAGACAGCAGCGAGCUUUGGGCCGGCCAGAUUCAUCUCCACCAAUCACAGGGGACUAUAGCAGCAUGUGUGCACAUGCACACAACAUAAAACCUUUGGAAGCUUAUGUUUACUUGGACCUACAAUAUUAUUUAGCUUAUAAGAUAUUCAGAAAAGAUGAUCAGGACCAAGGGUUAUAAGACAAUUACCAUCAAGAUGCACAGAUUUGCUUAAUUUUCAGUUUUCCUCUCACUAACUUUGUUAAGUAACAUUUGUUAGUACAUUUGUGACAUGCAUGCUUUUCUCACUUUGAUUUAGGUAUAAAUAUCUGUGUACGUAAAUACCUAUUUGGUAAAUCACAGCCACGUAAGCAAUAGUAAUAAUAUAAAACUUCCUCAUAUUUGAGCCAACGGGAUUCUUAUUGUGGUUAUCUUCCUGAGGACCAAGAGUGUGCAGCUCUUUACCAUGCCUCUUGGUUUAUGGGAUGCAUAUUACUCAGACAAAAGAACUGACGUGCUCAACUCUUUAGAGUCUAAUAGGUGCCAACCCAAAAAUCAUAUAACUGGCAACAGAAAAACAGCAGCCAGGAGCCUGCCAGGUAUUCUCACACAGCUGAUCCAGAUAAUCUAACCUUUUUUAUUUAUUUUUGGCCUUUAAUUGUCAGGAUAGAUGGAAAACAGGAAAGGGGAGAGAGAGGAGGAGGAAAUGCACCAAAAGGCCGUGGGUCGGACCAAGCCCACCCGGGCCACACUCCACCGGGCCAGCUAGUGGGUUAAUGAGAUAAUCAAAGACAAACACUAGUCAAAGAAUAGGAGCAAGAAGGUAUUAAGACAUGAGAGGACAAAGAUCAUAUUCUGUCCUUGUAGAUCAAUGGACAUUGCAUUUGCACACUAACAAUAGAAACUGCAUGGAUGUUGCCCUUGUUGAAAAGGAUUAAAUAAAAUGUAAUUUUAGUAAGGUGUUUAAAAGUAGGCUAGUUCACAAUUUGCACGUUAUAAUUUAUUUGAAUAUGCUACCGUUACUGCCAUAGACUGU